CUUUUCCGGAUUCCUGAGGCCAUAUUCUUCUCAUCUUCUUUUCCAUGCUUUUGGAUUUGUAAGAUUUCCUCUGAUGGGUCCCUAGCAGAAUAAUAAUUGAUGAGGCACAACUUUGUUUAAACGCCUUUCGAUUCACCGGACCUUCUGCUACUGACCUAAAUAUACCAAGGGGGUCAUUUGGCAUCAUCCUAGAAUCUCCUUUACUUGUUAUGGAAUAUAUUAAAGCAUGAAAGGAGCUCCCCAAGUACAGCAGCUGGUUAAAGAGAAAGAGGCAACACCUAAAUCAUUGAUGAGGGUGAUGGGCAUUCAUGGACUUACAUUGUACCACCUUAAGAGUCAUUUGCAGAAAUAUAGGCUGGGGAAGAGUCAACAAUCACAAACCUACAAUGACAAUAAGCAGGAAGAGUACACAGAGAAUCAGAGGACUGACUUCUGUGAGGACUUCACUGAUGGAACCCAGAAUCAUACUAAUGAAAGUUUGCAGAUAGCUCAAGCUUUACAAAUGCAAAUGGAGGUUCAGAGGAAACUUCAUGAACAGAUUGAGGUACAAAGACAUUUGCAGUUGAGAAUUGAAGCUCAAGGGAAGUAUUUACAAUCAGUAUUGAAGAAAGCACAGGACACUCUUGCUGUAUAUAAUUCUUCUUCAAUGGGAGUGGAACUUGCAAAGGCUGAACUUUCUCAAUUAGUCUCAAUGGUGGACACCGGGUGCCCGAGCUCUUCGUUAUCUGUGUUAACUGAGAUUGGAGGCUCAAGCUCAAAAGAUACAGACAAGAAACAUCUAAGAGGCUACAAAUGCUCCCUAGAAAGCUCCUUAACAUCAUCCGAGAGCUCGGGAAGAAAGGAAGAGACUCAACUGAAUCAUGAAACCGAUAAGUGCAAUGAAAAUUCUGUAGUUCUUUCAUUGAUGGAAAUGCAUUCAGGAGAAAAGGGUUGUUCUAGCAAUGAAGCUUGUGGAAGGAAGAGAAGGGGAAGCAUAAUUUCUGAUGGUAAUUGUGUUGAACAAGCAUAUGCCAAAAGAUCAUCGGAACACAGUGAGAAAAAUGGGGGACAAUUGAGAAAAUCUGGAUUGUUAGGGACCCUUGAUCUGAAUACAGGACCAAUCACAAUUGACUUGAACUGCAAGGGAGUAUAGCAAUUCAGUGGACAUCUUUAGUGAUAUGAGAAGUUGACAGCAGUUGGUUUAUGUUAUGUAACUAUAAUGCAAUCUGUUCUUAAUAGAUGAUAUGUUGUUUAUAGAGACUCUGUAUAUUGUUAUGUGUAUGGACCCCAAGGAACUUUUGAAG